UACGUAGUAUUAUUAAUGGCCUUAUACUGGUGCACAGAAGCUUUACCAUUGGCUGUCACAGCACUGCUUCCGAUAGUUCUCUUUCCUUUCUUGGGUAUUUUGCCUUCCAGCAAAGUUUGCCCACAGUACUUUUUGGAUACAAACUUCCUUUUUCUUAGUGGGCUUCUAAUGGCAUCUGCAAUUGAAGAGUGGAAUCUCCAUCGAAGAAUAGCUCUUAAAGUUCUCAUGUUGGUGGGAGUCCAACCUGCAAGGCUCAUUUUAGGAAUGAUGAUGGUCACUGCUUUUCUCUCGAUGUGGCUGAGCAAUACAGCAUCCACCGCCAUGAUGCUGCCCAUUGCUAAUGCUAUUCUGAAAAGUUUAUUUGGUGAGAAAGAUGGUGAAGAAGAUAAAGGGAUCAAAAGAAAUGAUGACAGCUCAGCAACUUUGCAAGAAAAAGGCCUGCAUCAAGUUCCAACAGAAAUGCAGCUAUUGACAGCCUAUGAAGAAAACAAGGAUAUACCAGUGAAGACAGACAUUACUAUUGAGAUGCACCCAGAUAUGAAGGAAGAGAAAGCAAGACAGACUCGAGUUUGGAAAGCUUUUCUUAUAUCAAUCCCAUACUCUGCCAGUAUUGGAGGAACAGCUACUUUAACUGGAACAGCACCCAACCUUAUUCUCCUUGGACAGCUCAAGAGUUUCUUUCCAGGGUGUGAUGUAGUGAACUUUGGUUCCUGGUUUGUCUUUGCAUUUCCAUUAAUGAUUUUAUUCCUUAUUUUUGGAUGGCUUUGGAUCUCAAUUAUGCAUGGAGCAAUUAGCUUCAGUUGCAAGAGGAAAAAAAAAUCUGAAUUCAGAGCAGAUGCUGAAGCCAAAGCAAAAGAAAUUAUAAAAGAAGAUUACCUCAAGCUCGGACCAACUGUAUUUGCUGAAAAGGCUGUUUUCUUCUUUUUUUGCCUUUUUGCAAUACUUCUAUUUACACGAGAUCCAAAAUUUAUACCUGGAUGGGCAAGUGCCUUUACCCCUGGAUUUACCUCAGACGCAGUUACUGGAAUAACUAUAUCCAUCAUACUGUUCUUGUUCCCUUCUGAAAAACCUUCUUGGAGAUGGUGGUUUGACCUUAAAGCUCCAAACAACGAUAAUAAGCCUCUAUUAUCUUGGAAGAAAGCCCAGGAAACUGUACCCUGGAAUAUAAUUUUACUGCUAGGAGGUGGCUUUGCCAUGGCUAAAGGUUGUGAGGUUUCUGGUUUGUCCACAUGGAUAGGAGGUCGUCUACAUCCCCUUGAAGGGCUUCCACCACCUCUUGCUGUUCUUCUCGUUACUAUAUUAAUUGCCUCCUUCACAGAAUUUGCCAGUAACACUGCUACAAUUAUAGUCUUCCUACCUGUGCUGUCUGAACUGGCUAUCCGUCUUAAAGUCAACCCCUUAUAUUUAAUGAUUCCUGGAACUGUUGGCUGUUCAUAUGCCUUUAUGUUACCGGUUUCCACGCCUCCCAACUCUAUUGCGUUUGCUACAGGGCAUUUAUUAGUCAAGGACAUGGCAAAAACAGGUUUGCUAAUGAAUUUGAUGGGGGUGCUUCUUCUUAGUCUAGCUAUGAACACAUGGGCUUCUAGUAUCUUCCAGCUUCAUACAUUUCCUGAUUGGGUUACAAUUCAGAACGUCACUUCAUUGGUGGAAACUGCACAAAACAUCACUACAGGUGGAUAA